AGAGAGAGAGAGAGGGAGAGAGAGAGAGGGAGAGAGAGGUGGUGGUGAAGCCAAUGUUUGUCGUCGAACUCCAGCAAAUAUGAGGAUGGGAAGAUAAUGGCCCACACUGCACAGGAUGACUGAAUCUCCGCAAUUAUCCAUUUGUGUCCCUUUAUGAUGCAUUCUGACAAAACCAAACCUGAAGAAGAGAGUCUGGGCAGCACAGAACAAAGGAUCGCAUGUGGCUUUUGGACAUAUCCAACCAUUCUUCAGACCAUCCUGGUUUAUUGUAAAAAAAGAAAGGAUGCUUACUGAGUCCAGUUUAACAUCUUACUGAAAUCACUGGAUCAAGCAUUCUCCAUGGAGGAAUUACUGGAGACUUGAGCGGCGUAUGUGCGCGCAGAGACGCCGUAGCUCUACAUGAACCGUGAUAGAUUGAGUACUUUUAUGGAAAUUGCUUGGAAAUUUCAGCUCAGCUGAAAGACAUACGGGCAGCAAUAAUACCGUACCACACACACACACACACACACAGAAAGAGAGAGAGACAGAGAGAGAGAGAGAGAGAGCGAGAGAGAGAGAGAGAAGCCAGCGCCGGCGAUCUGUGUGUCUCUGCAAUAAGUGGCUGAUAAAAAGCAAUAAAUUCUCUAAAAUAAAUACAGUCAUCCGUUUGUGCGCCAUGGGCGACGAGGCGUCAAACUUCAGGAGAAGCAGCAGGACCGGUGUCUCAUCACCAAAACCCAGGACUGGUGAGGAUCACGGAAGAGCGGAGAUUCUGGGCUAAAUUAAAACUGAUCACCACUGAAAACAAUGAGAUUAAUGAUUUUUGGAUGACUUGUCAGAUCACCACUGUGACAGUUUUUGAUGUUAUUCAGAAAACAAGAUUCAGAUCCGGGCUGUGCUGGACUUGGUCACUUUGAUUUGUUCGCUCAGAGAUCAAGUGGCAGAGAGGGACAUGAGACGUUUUGUUUUGUGCUUGAAAUAAACGAAUACAGCCAUAUUAUCUGAUCAAUAAGUUUUUUUAAAAAGGGGGAUCUUUAUUUAUUUUUUUUUUUCUUUCUGCACUAUGAUGGAACCACCACCAUGCUCGAAGAAGAGCCUGUCCCUGUCGCUCCCGGUUCCCCGGGAAGGACAGGCGACUCUAAAGCCUCCGCAGCAUCUCUGGAGACAACCCCGCACCCCGAUCAAAAUCAAACACCGGGGUUACUCCGACACCGACCGGCAUCACCACCGGCACAUGGAGCGCUCCGACGCCGUGGAUACGAGCGACCGACCGGGACUGAAAAAGUCUCGGAUGUCCUGGCCGUCUUCUUUCCACGGGACCACAAACACAUCCAUCGGAAAUUGCGUCGGGAAUAAACGCUUUGAUUCGGAGAAUGGUCCCUCGCCAGGCCGCAGUCCCAUGGAUUCGCAGGCGAGUCCUGGGUUGGUGCUCCACCCUUCUUUCCCCCAGAGUCAGCGUAGGGAGUCCUUCCUGUACCGCUCGGACUCAGACUACGACACGUCCCCCAAAACCAUGUCACGCAACUCCUCCAUCAACAGUGAGGGGCACGCCGAAGACAUGAUCGUCACCCCUUUCGCUCAGGUGUUGGCCAGCCUACGAACUGUAAGAAGCAACUUCACCAUCCUCGCCAAUGUCACAACACCCACUAACAAGAGGUCACCAGUGACAAGCCAACCCACUGUUCCCCAAGCUACACUCUCUGAGGAGACAUACCAGCAGAUGGCUCGGGAGACUCUGGAGGAGCUGGACUGGUGUCUGGACCAGCUGGAAACCAUUCAGACCCAUCGCUCAGUCAGCGAGAUGGCCUCCAACAAGUUCAAGAGGAUGUUGAACAGGGAGCUGUCCCAUUUGUCAGAGAUGAGUCGCUCAGGGAACCAGGUGUCAGAAUACAUCUCCACUACCUUUCUAGAUAAGCAGAACGAGGUGGAGAUCCCAUCCCCGACCUUGAGGGAGAGGGAGAAGCCCAUGUGUCACAUCAGCGGUGUAAAGAAGCUCACGCACAGUUCCAGCCUUUCCAACUCCGCCAUGCCUCGCUUUGGCGUGAAGACUGAACACGAGGAUGCGUUAGCCAGGGAGCUGAAUGACUUGAACAAGUGGGGCCUUAAUAUCUUUCGUGUGGCAGAAUUCUCCAAUAACCGACCCCUCAGCUGCAUAAUGUUUGCCAUCUUCCAGGAAAGAGAUCUACUGAAAACCUUUCGGAUCCCUGUGGACACAUUUGUCACCUAUGUGAUGACCCUGGAGGACCACUACCAUGCCAAUGUGGCCUACCACAACAGCCUCCACGCUGCAGAUGUCACUCAGUCUACUCAUGUACUGCUAUCCACGCCAGCUCUAGAUGCUGUGUUCACUGAUCUAGAGAUUCUAGCUGCGUUAUUUGCCGCUGCCAUCCACGAUGUGGACCAUCCAGGAGUGUCCAACCAAUUCCUUAUAAACACCAACUCAGAAUUAGCCCUGAUGUACAAUGAUGAGUCUGUGUUGGAGAACCAUCACCUAGCUGUGGGCUUCAAGCUGCUUCACGAGGACAACUGUGACAUCUUCCAGAACCUUAGCAAGAGGCAGAGACAGAGUCUGAGGAAACUUGUUAUUGACAUGGUUUUGGCCACAGAUAUGUCAAAACACAUGAGUUUGCUGGCAGAUCUCAAGACUAUGGUAGAAACCAAGAAAGUGACAAGUUCUGGAGUAUUGCUGCUUGACCACUACACUGAUCGGAUACAGGUGUUGAGGAACAUGGUGCACUGUGCUGACCUGAGCAAUCCCACAAAACCCCUGGCUGUGUAUCGACAAUGGACGGAGAGAAUCAUGGAGGAGUUCUUCAGGCAGGGAGACAAGGAGCGGGAACGAGGGAUGGAGAUCAGUCCCAUGUGCGAUAAACACACCGCAUCUGUGGAAAAGAGCCAGGUGGGCUUUAUUGACUACAUUGUCCACCCACUGUGGGAGACAUGGGGGGACCUGGUGCACCCUGACGCCCAGGACAUCUUAGACACUCUGGAGGACAACAGGGACUGGUACCAGAGCACUAUCCCGCAAAGCCCUUCGCCACCUCCUGUGGGCCAGGACAAGGAUCUAAACGCCUGCAUGGAAAAGUUUCAGUUUGAGCUCACCCUCGAGGACAGCUCUCAGAGAGAUCAGGGAGAUGAGGGUGACAAGCCUACGCCGAACCACGUGGUGCAGGACUGCAAUCAGGGGGAGGAGGAGGAAGAGGAGGAGGAGGAGGGUAAAAAGGAAGAGGAGGAAGAAAUAAUGGCUGAGGAGGAGAAUGAGGACAUAAUAGAGGAGGAAGAUGAGGUGGCAAUGGAAGAAGAGGAGGUGGAAGAGGAGCAGGAGGAGGAGCUGAAAGCUCAGCUGGAGGUGAGAUCUGAAAAGGAGAGACUUUCUGACACAAGUCCUGUAGAGGAAGAGGAGGAUUCUUCUUCACAAGCUGAAGAUACAUGAGUUCUGCUCCUGUAUCUCCCUCCUCACUUGCACACAUUAUCUUGUUCAUCCUUUCAAUGGCCAAACCAAGAACAAAUAAGACUGCAAUGACAAUACAGACCUUUAAAUAUAUUUUUCAAAAAGGGAAUAAAUUAAAAUCGCUUAAAGAGAAGUUAAUUACACAGCAACUGUAGAUUUGGAGUGGUGACGAGACCUUCGACUGAUUUCACAACGAACUUUAGACCGAGAGGAAUUUAGAAGAGCAUUAACGAUGGGCAACUGAAGACAGCGUAGCACUCUGGGACUGGAAUGCACACACAUAAACACACAUAAAGUGACACAAUAAUACAUGAGAAACAAAAGCAGGAGUAAGUCAUGUGGAACACACCGGUGCAGUGGGUGUACAUGCAUGCAUCAGUCAUGCAGUACAAUUGCAGUACACUUACACUUACACACAGACACACACACAUGCACACACACACUUGACUGUAUGUUUGUAUGUGUGCAUUUAUAUGAGGGACACUGAUCAGUAAAGAAUCUCUUUGGAAAAAGCCAUCUCUCAAUGGAGUAUUAACUAGUGUUCAGUCAGUAUUAGUAAUUCAUGUUUGUUAGAAUCUCAAGAGAAAACUGUUCUCCUCAGAAAAGCUACAGUCCGAGUGACUUUUUUUCCAUUUCUGUCGGAAAGAAAAAUAAGAAAAUUCACAGAGUUGGCGGAGGAGGAGAGAAAGAGAGAAAUCGAAGGAAAGGAAGAUGCUGCGAUGAAGGGGCCGCCGGGUCCCAUACCCCUUUUCCCUUUACAAGGAGAGUGCUACUGGUGCAAGAUGGCUCUGUGCCUUUCUGAAACACCAGCUUCCUGAAUGGAGCUGUCGUGAAGCAAUGCAUUGUGGGACAGGAGUGUCUUGAUUUUGUUAUCAUUUUUGAUUGUCUCUUGUUCAAGAUCUCUCUUUACUGUUCAUGGUAUUGUGGUGUGUAUCUCACACGUAGUUUCUGUGGUGACAUGUUUUAAGCUGUAAGUCUUCCUUUGUUGCUCUUCUGGUAAUAUAAUAACUCAGAACUCUAGAUGCAGAGCAAUCACUACCACCACCACAACCACCAGUGGACUCUUUCCAGCUUAUGGUUUUUUCUUAUUAGAAUGAUUUUUUUAAACUUUUCUGAGAAUAAGCCAUGUGAUGCUUUGAAGCAUAAGUUUUGCCUAUUUUCUAUUUAACAGUUGCUAGAUACGUUUGAAGGGAUAACAGAAUUAUUUCAUCAGCAGAACAAAAUUUUCACUCACCAUCUCACACUCCACUUGCACUGUGUGUUUAUGUCUCCUCAUGCUCAACAAUUCUCACCAAAGUAAAGGAUGAGAAACUUCAGUGGAUGAAGAUUUGAAGGAACACAGGUGAAUAAGAAAAUUCAGGGAGGUAGAAUGUCAGGGGAAAGAAAUGUGACUUGGUCAAAGGGAGGUCUGGCAGUACCUAAUCAUCCUUGUUAUGUUUGAUGCUUUUUUGCCUUAAUGUCAAAUGCAGGAUACAUACCUGCCAGUAUGUAGGUUUUUAAGAUAUAUGAUAGAUAUCCUAUUUAUAUCACGUCCGUAUGCUUAUUUCUGUGAGUAUCAGUGCGUCUAUACACAAUGUAUCCAGCAUUGCAUUCGGAGGGGAAAGGGAAACAUUGCUGCCAGUUAGUUGUUAUAUUGUUGCUGUGUUUGGACAAACAUAAAGAAUGUGUUUAUUUUUUUAUUUUUUAUUUUUUAAUCAGGACGGUCUUAAAGCUACCUGGAGGCAUGCAGAGAAAAUUAGCUGAUUUUGCAAGCGAUGAGAAUGAAUAAGGAUGUCCUUUGUUUGAAUCUGAACCAGAUAUCGAUUUGCUGACACGAUGGAGCUGAUGCGCGUGUUGUUUGUUUGCAUGGCUGCUUGUGUGGUCGUGAGUAAGCGAGCGAGUAACAGAAAGAGAGGGUAGGGCGCUCAAAGAUAUUGUUGUCAUACGUUGUUGUUGUUGUCAUUGUUCACUCACUGGCAUCACCACAUCUCGUCGAAUGACGUUUAGGAUCCAAUCAGUACAGCUUAAAUAGGUCACAGUUUGUUUAGGUGUUUGUUUUUCACAGGGUAGAAUAUAUAUAUAUAUAUAUAUAAAAUAAUAAUGAAAUAAAAGAACAUGAGUGUGGUUCUUUUGAAGGUAAGAGCAAGUUUCUGCAGGUCAGUAACUGAGCUUAUCUGAAGACACCACAGCUUGGUGCAACAGAAGCCUGUGUGUUUGACCUGCUCUGUCGCAGGAUGGAGCAGAGCUGUGGGGCCACCACACAGGCUUUCAUCUGGUGGAAUGGGAAUCCAGGAAUAUUACUGCAGUUACUUAAAUAAAAAAAGAUUCCCAUAUGCAUCGACCUUUUAUUUUAAAGAUGUUGCUUUGUUUUGUGGCUUCUUGUUCUGUCAUAAGCUAUAAAAACAUUAAUAUUUAAUUGCCAUACAAACACGAUACUGUAGCAAUUGUUUCUUAUUAAGAAAAUUAUUCAAUUUAUUGAUUGCUGCCAUUCUUUUUAAAUGAUGAAAAGAAAACCAUGGGAAGUGUUUUCUUUGAACAGUUUGUGUACAGUUUAUUUUUAUAUCAUUCUGGUGGAUGGUCUGGAAAAUGAAUCACGUGUUGAUGAUAUAGCUAUAAGCAUUACCACUCUUGUACAUAAUGUAAUAUUGGAUUGUAAAUUAUAAAUUUAUCCAAGUCAUAAUGAUUGACAAAUAACCACUUGAGGUUGUUAAGUGAACCACUGAAGCACUGCAGGCCACACCCUCACCUGUUCAUUCUCUGAUUAUAUUUUUUGCUCACUUGUGUGGACAUCCUGUCACGUUUUUUAAUUGUGCACAUUUAUUGUUAUAAUCAAAUAUAUUUGUACCAGCACUUUAUUUCGUCAGGUUUUGAGACAGACAGUGUGUUUCAGGUAGUGUACAGUCUGUGCUGGUGGUUUGGUCAUUGGCAGUCACUUGUUGAUUAUAUCCCACUGGGCCAAAUCACAAACCCUCAAUGUGCAGUAGUCAAUGUUAACCCCUUUCUAGAGGCACAAUCAAACAAAUUAGUCAUUCUCUAUUAAAUGUCCAUGUGAGAUUGAACUUAUUUGACUGAUACAGUCAAAUAUAGGCUGAUGUAGUCACAUAGGAUGGAUGUGACCUGUUCAAAGAAAAUAAAUGUGUCCUUAUCUAA